UUUUGCGUUAAAUUAUAGUCUAUUAAUAACAGAUGUCAUUGAAUUAGUCUCGCAUUGGAUUAGCGUUUGAUUUAUAAUAAAGUUUUACAAUAAUCGUGUAGUCGUUGUCAGCACUUAAUCAAAAGACAUGGAUUUGGAUGUUAUGGUGAAUCAGCCGGUGGUGAUCGACAACGGAUCAGGUGUGGUGAAAGCGGGUUUCGCUGGCGAUCAGAUCCCGAAAUGUAUUUUCUCUAAUCUCGUCGGACGACCAAAACAUGUGAGAGUAAUGGCCGGCGCUCUCGAAGGCGACACUUUCAUUGGUCGUCGUGCGGACGAACACAGAGGUCUAUUGACGCUGAGGUAUCCCAUGGAGAAGGGAAUUGUCACCGAUUGGAACGAAAUGGAAAAGAUAUGGCAAUACAUCUACUCUAAGGAACAGUUGCAGACAUUCCCUGAAGAACAUCCCGUCCUUCUCACUGAAGCGCCGAUAAAUCCGCGCAGAAAUCGUGAGAAAUCGGCCGAAAUAUUCUUCGAGACGUUUAACGUUCCCGCGCUCUUCAUUUCAAUGCAAGCGGUGCUCAGUCUAUACGCGACGGGCCGUACGACUGGUGUAGUGCUAGACUCGGGCGAUGGCGUCACUCAUGCCGUUCCCAUUUACGAGGGCUUUGCACUUCCGCUGUCAAUAGUGCGCUCGGAUAUCGCCGGACGAGAUGUGACCCGAUAUCUGAAGCUCUUGUUGCGAAAAGAGGGCCUUAUAUUCAACACAACCGCUGAGUUUGAAGUCGUAAAGAAUAUAAAGGAGAAAAUCUGUUACUUGACAUCCAAUCCUCAGCGGGCACUCGACGAGCACUCGGCCGGAAGCGGUUCUGAUAUCGAGAAAACCUCAUACAUAUUGCCGGACGGAAGUAAUGUUGACAUAAACGCCGGUCCGCGUAUGAGAGCCCCUGAGAUCCUGUUCCGACCGGAUCUGAUUGGUUACGAGUUUGAAGGCGUUCACGAAGUACUGGUUUAUAGUAUACAGAAAUCGGAUUUAGAUCUUCGAAAAGUGUUUUACCAAAACAUUGUGUUAAGCGGUGGAAGUACUCUAUUCAAGGGAUUCGGUGACCGAUUGCUGAACGAAGUGCGCAAAAUGGCGCCCAAAGACCUUAAGAUUAGGAUCAGUGCGCCUCAGGAGCGCCUGUACUCGACAUGGAUUGGGGGCUCAAUCCUCGCCAGUUUAGACACAUUUAAACGGAUGUGGGUUUCGCGCAAAGAGUUCGAUGAAGAGGGCCAGAGGGCUGUCCACAGGAAAACGUUUUAAUUAUUAGAUUUAAUUUUUAUUUAAAAUUAAUAUUUAUAUACAGAAUAAUAAUAUUAUUAAUAUCUUAAUAAUAAAUUUGUUAUAAAAAUCGAUCCAUUAUUUAAUUGAAUUCAUUUAUAAAAGCGUUUUUUAUACAAUACUGUAUACCAAUCAAU